ACAUUUUUUAGUUCCUUACCGACCGAGCGUUUACAAAUGGCGCAGGUUUCUUGGUGAUUUUCUUCGAGCUGGGAUGGACAGAUUUCAGUGCCAGAAAUUACUUGCGUAGUUUCAUUGCAUGGAGAAUUUCCAUAAAGCUGUUAAUAAACAAUUUGGCUAUGUCUCGACCGUCGAGUGCUUCUGACACACCAGUGUCUGGCUUCUACAAACUGCCUCCGAUUAUUACAACAGAAGCAGAUCGAGAAUUUCUUAGCGAUGUCAAUUCUUUCAUUGAUGCAGAACUGAGUAAAGUGAACCACUUGGACGAGGAGCAGAGAUAUUUAAUAUACAAAGCAGUAUUUAACAGAGUUAUUGAGCAUGUUACAGCUUACAAACCAGUCCUGACUCUGAUCAAAAAGGAGUAUGAAGAUACAAUUGAGACUAUCAAGAAAGGUCAACGCGAGGCAGCCUUUUUACAAGGGAAACUGAAGGCUAUGGCUUCUGAACCUUCCACCCUUCGGAAUUAUAAGAAAAGGGCAGAUGAGCUGGAAGAAAGGAUGGCUGUAGUGAAAAAAGAUAACGAGAGGCUGGUGAAGGAACUGAAAGAGAUCCAAGCUGCUCGAGUAGAAAGAGAAAAGAGACCAAAGACUGCUGAAGCCCCAAAACGACAGCUGAAAAAAGACAGUCGUUUGAUACCAGGUCUCACCCUUGAAGAGACGACAGACAUGCAAAUUUUGCAAAGGAAAUACGAAAGCUUAGAUCGGCAGUUGAAGGAGUUGAACAUUAGUUUGAGAGCUCGCUUUCUGCCCAAAACUCAAAAACUUGAGCUGAAGGAAACUUUGGACAACAAAGUCGCGUACCGAGAUGACCUGCUCUGGCAAAGUCAGGUUUACAAGGCCAGGGGUCACAAGCUCAAGAUUGCCUUGGAGGCAUCUCAGGCAUACAAUCAGAUGAAGCCACCGCACCAGACGGUGGGAGACGCUGUCAUGAUCGCUUUCCAGCAGGCCUCAGGAAUGCUUAGAGCUGAGAGAGAAAGAGCUGAGGGAGAGCAGGUGGAGACAGCUCAGGCCACGUUUGAGGACGAUGACCCCAACAAGGAGAAGGAGGCAGAGAUGAUGUUGGAGUACAUCGAAAAGUUCAACGAGCUGUUUGAGGAUGGUCAGUUUGAGGAGGCAGCUGUCCACGCAGCCAACAGCCCGAAGGGAAUCCUCAGGACACAAGCUACCCUUGCCAAGUUCAGAG